AUGCCUUAUUUUUCGACAAAAGUUGACCAAAAGUAUGAUGUAUUUUUAAGUUUUAGAGGUGAAGACACUCGUCGUGCUUUCGUUGCACACCUCCACAAAGCCCUUGAGGGUGCAAAUCUCAAAACUUUUUUGGAUGAUCAAGAGAUUGAAACUGGACUAUCUUUAAAACCGGAACUGGAGAGUGCAAUCAAAGCGUCCAAGGCGUCGAUUAUUGUUUUGUCUAAGAAUUAUGCUAUUUCGACAUGGUGUCUUGAGGAACUUGUGUUGAUCCUUGACCAACAUAGGCUCUUUGAUCACAUUGCUAUCCCUAUCUUCUAUUAUGUUGAUCCAAGUGAUGUGAGAAAGCAACAAAAUACUUUUGGAGAUGCAAUGGCAGAACACAAAAAGAAAAUGGAGGCCGAAAAAAAUAAAAAGAAAAGAAGUCAAUGGGCUAUCAAGAUUGAGAAAUGGGAGAAAGCACUUACACAAGUAGUUGAUUUUAAAGGGAAGGAUGCAAACAAUUACAAGCUAGAGACACAGUUUAUCGAAGAAAUUGUCAAGGAUAUCCACCAUAAAAUACGUAUACCCAUAAGGACCAGGAGUAGUCUGCCACAACUUAUUGGAAUGGAAGAUUCAAUUACAACAAUUACAUCAUGGUUGAAAGAUGGAUCCUCACUUAAGGCUGAUUUUCUCACUAUCUUGGGUAUGGGUGGAAUCGGAAAAACAUCUUUAGCCAAAUAUGUCUAUGGGUUAUCUUGUCAUGAAUUCGAAGGAAGUAGCUUUGUCGAAAAUAUAAGCAGAUCCAAGGAAAAAUUCAAUGAAUUAGACUAUCAAAGACAACUCUAUAAUGACAUUUCAUCGAUAAGAUCUAUUCAAGUUCGUUACGAUUAUGAAUACACCUCCGGCAUCCAGAAUGCUUUAGCCGGUAAAAAGGUGUUUCUAGUUCUUGACGAUAUUGAUAGUCCCGACCAAUUGAACGCUUUACUUGGAAACAAAGGUUUUCAUCCUGGAAGCAAAAUCAUAAUAACUACCAGGGAUGCGUGGUUGACAGAGAGUUGUAUAUUAUUCAAAACCAUUGAGCCAAGGCAUACAAAGCACUUUCUUCAUGGCUUAAAUGAGACUGCAUCGCUACGUCUUUUGUGUUUCCAUGCCUUCAAGAGUGAAGAAGUUAAAGAAGGCUAUGAAGAGGUUUCAGAUGAUAUUGUGAAGUUUUGUGACGGACAUCCAUUGGCUCUUGAAGUUUUAGGUGGGUUUUUAUAUAAUCGAGAAGUCACUUAUUGUGAAGACCACAUGAAAGAGCUAAGGGAAGAACCCGGUUUCUUUGUUGACAUGGACAUUCGUGUAAACAACGCAUUGAGAAUGAGUAUUGUUUCUUUGUCGAAAAAUGAUAAGGAACUGCUUAAGCAUAUUGCUUGUUUUUUUGUUGGAGAAGAUAGAGAUUAUGCAGAAACAAUAUUGAAGAUGCCUUCUACGUAUCCAAUGGAGGAAUAA